ACUUAAAACAUAAAUUAUGCAAAGUGUAAUCUUCAACAGCAAUGUAAAAAUAAAUUUGUACCGUCGGUGACCGUUGUACAGUGAAAUUAUUGCCAUUUCGAUAUCAGUUUUUCAUUGUUAAAAGUGAAAACGGUGAAAAGUUCUUUGUUUUUGUAGCAAAAAUUUAGAUUUUUACGAAAAUGAAUGGCUGGAAUUAGUAAAAGUGACUGACGUGUAGUGAAGUACAUACAUACUUUACCUACAUAUAUGAAAUCUGUUUAGUGGUGUUAUUUGGGGUCGUGUUCGUUGACCGUCGUCCGUCAUUUUCGUUUGUCGUGUCGCAUUCGUGUCGUUUGUCGUUGCAUUUCCUGAUAAACAAUAGAAAUUUGUGAAAUUAUUGAAAUUGCAGUGCGAUUUCUUAUUAAAAGGCUAUUGAAUACCAAAAGCAACAAAAAUCUAUUGAACAAAUUACCAUCCCGUAAACAGUUAUCCCGGCUAUCCGAUGAAUCCGACAAACGGCAUGGAUACAGAAGAUGUCGAGUCCACUUCCAGCAGCGCCAUGUCCCGACUUGGCACACUCUUCUCAUUCACAUCGCCGGCAGUGAAGAAACUGUUGGGCUGGAAACAAGGCGACGAAGAAGAGAAAUGGGCCGAAAAAGCGGUGGACAGUUUGGUGAAAAAGUUGAAAAAACGUAAGGGUGCUAUUGAGGAGCUCGAACGUGCUCUAUCCUGCCCUGGCCAGCCUUCGAAAUGUGUUACAAUCCCACGUUCUUUAGAUGGUCGCUUACAGGUCUCUCAUCGGAAAGGACUUCCACAUGUUAUCUAUUGUCGCGUUUGGCGAUGGCCAGAUUUGCAAUCACACCACGAACUAAAACCACUUGAUAUUUGCCAGUACCCAUUCAGCGCCAAGCAAAAAGAAGUUUGCAUCAAUCCUUAUCACUAUAAACGAGUUGAAAGUCCUGUACUGCCGCCGGUGUUGGUGCCACGCCAUUCAGAGUUUGCGCCCGGUUUCUCAAUGCUACAUUUAAAUCAGUCAAUGUCUGAACCGCCAAUUCCACCCAAUAUGAAUUACUCUAAUAAUGGCUUCAACAAUAUGAGCCCCAACAGUCCGCCUUUAACAUCAGCCGGUAGCCCUAGUACGGUCAACUCCAAUCCUAACUCACCAUAUGGUAGUUUGGCAGGCACCCCACCGCCGGCAUACAGCCCCUCGGAGGACGGCAAUUCGAACAAUCCUAAUGAUGGCACACAACUGAUCGAUACACAGAUGGGCGACGUGGCCCAGGUGAGCUACUCAGAGCCAGCAUUUUGGGCUUCAAUUGCUUAUUACGAGCUCAAUUGCCGUGUGGGUGAAGUAUUCCACUGCAACAAUAAUUCAGUCAUCGUCGACGGUUUCACAAAUCCAUCGAAUAAUUCAGAUCGCUGCUGUCUAGGACAGUUAAGUAAUGUAAAUCGUAACAGUACCAUAGAAAAUACACGCCGUCACAUAGGAAAAGGCGUUCACCUCUAUUACGUUGCUGGAGAAGUAUAUGCCGAAUGUCUAUCCGACUCGGCAAUAUUUGUACAAUCUCGAAACUGCAAUUAUCACCAUGGCUUCCAUCCGAGUACUGUGUGCAAGAUACCACCUGGCUGUUCUUUGAAAAUUUUCAACAAUCAGGAGUUUGCUCAACUUUUAUCGCAAUCCGUUAACAACGGUUUUGAAGCAGUUUAUGAAUUGACAAAGAUGUGCACAAUCCGAAUGAGUUUCGUAAAAGGAUGGGGAGCUGAAUAUCACAGACAGGAUGUAACAUCCACUCCUUGUUGGAUAGAGAUACAUCUGCAUGGACCAUUGCAAUGGCUUGACAAAGUAUUGACACAAAUGGGCUCGCCACACAACGCCAUCAGUUCCGUAUCAUAAGAGCAAAAUGAUAUGUUGUCAUUUCUUAUUUUUUUUUUAUCAUUACUUAGUUUUUUUUUUAUUUGCUUUUGAUUGAUCUGCGCUGAUUUUAUCAUUUCGUUUCUACUACUUGUUUACACAUUUUAUUUGAACGGUUUAUAUUGCCGUUUCACUAUUACGGUAUGAAGGAGAACUUAAGAUAAAUAUAACGAUAUAAUUGGCAUCAACAUAGUUUAGAUAUUAAUGUUUUAUUACUUUGAUUUUUAAGCAUCGUAUACAUAUACCCCAAAAGUACAUUUAUACUAUUUUUAUAAUAUUACAAGAACAACUAAUUUAGACAAUUUUUCAAAAAUAUUUUGUUUGCAAAUUGCAUCAAGUAGGAUAUAUCAUUUUUUGUGUAAUAAUAAAGUUUUAUUAUUUUAAUUUUCAUUCGUAUUUGUGGUUUUAUUUUAAGUUUACAUUUAUGAUUUCAGAAGCAAUCGAUAGUUUUCAUGAAAUGUAAGUAAAUUUAUAUAAGAUGUAAUAGUAAAUUAAUUGUGCAACCAGUAGAAAAUAUGAGUACAUAUGUAGGAUUUAAUUUAGUAAUAGUGAAUUAGUUAAACUUCAAAUUAUCUUAACGCUAAUGUGCAUGCUUAAGCGUAUAUAUUCAAAUGCAACACAACACUACUACAAAAUGUGCUACAUACAUACUUAAGUGCUUUUGAAACAUGCCUUAUACAAAUGCAAAUUAUUGAACAGCUGAUAUAAUACAUAUGUAAAUAAGAGAUCUUGGCCAAUAAAUGUAAACAGUUUAAAUUGUA